AUGCGUCGGAGAUUGGACCUGCUUCCCUCGCACGGCAGUCGCUUGGCGCGUGGUGCUGUUUUCCGUGAAUCAAGCGAGCAGGAUGUUGAGCUUGCGCCUCAAUCGUUUAGUCUGGCCGAUCUAUUUAAGAGGCCUGUGUCUGUUGCUUUCGCUUUCACGUUCUCUGUCCUCGACAUCAUCUGA